UUAAUUUCAAUCACUUGCUGCCUACUGUCUUCGCAGUGUCUACAGUACCACCAUAGGAAGAGCUGCAAGGCUUCAAUACUCUCGUAUUUAAACAUUUUCACUAUUCUUAUUUCUAAUCAUGAAUUCUACGCUACCGUCGGGGAGCAUUUUUCAAGAGCUACAAUAUAUCCACGAUACUGGUUUUUUCUGUCCUUCUUCGUCGGUGGAGGAAGAUUGGCAACAGACAAGGAUGGAAUUAAACAAAUACUUAUGUCGGGAACCUAUCAGCCUAAACUGCAAGGAUAUCGAUGGUGUAGUACCGUGUCCUUGGAAUGAAUUUUUCUUUACUGAAGAACUCGAUAGUCCUAUUCUGGGAAUCACCAACGACUUGAAGUCGGAUCACUCGUCUAAUAGUCAAACAUCACAGAUUACGGUCGUUCUUCCUGAAACUCCUACUGAACCUAAAUUUCGAGAUAGCCCAGACUUUGCAGUUUUGAAAUCAUCGACUCCAAUAACAAUUUUCACCAGUUCGAAUCAUAAUGCUGGAUGUGUUAACACUGACUCCAUAUCUCCGCAAGACGUAUCUCAACAGGUUUUGUUAACGCCCCCUAGUUCGCCGGAGUCGGUGUCGAGUGGAGGAAGUGGAGUUGGUUCUAUCACCAGGACAUUAAAAUUGAAUAGUAAACGUGGAAAGAACACAGUUGAUGGGAAAAAAUCCAACAACAUUGACUCUAAGAAAAGAGUUCAUAAAUGUUUCUUUUCUGGAUGCAAAAAGGUUUAUACAAAGAGCUCUCAUUUGAAAGCUCACCAAAGGACACACACUGGAGAAAAACCUUAUCGUUGCAGUUGGGAGGGUUGUGCUUGGAGGUUUGCAAGAUCUGAUGAACUUACUAGACAUUAUAGAAAACAUACUGGUGCUAAACCAUUUAAAUGUUUACAAUGUGACCGUUGCUUUUCGAGAUCUGAUCACCUAGCUUUACACAUGAAACGUCACCAGUGACUUCCCAAAAUAGAAAUUUAGAUGCACUUGUAUACACAAUUAUUAGCAAUUGGAAGCCAACAAUGUCCGUCAUAUAUCACGUGGUUACGAAAUAGCUGAAUGAACUGACGUAGCAUUGUUGAAAUUUCGAUAGUCCUUGUAUUUCGCAAGAGUGACGUAUCAUCAUACCGGAUGAUGGCAAAUGAUCUUUGAUAUUCGCUCUCGAGAAUCCAUGACAAAGCAUGGUUUUGCGUUACCGUGGAGUUGAAUGAUGAAUCACGGAUGCAUUAUUGAUGAGAUGCUUGCGGUUUACCUCUACAAUAUACAGAUGGUUACCGGCUGUAAUAAGAAUGUAAAAGAUGUGCUCCGUUGAAACAAAUUGCAUUCUGUUGAUUGUGUAUUUGCCGUUACUUGUCUGUCUAUCUCUUGGAAACCGUGGAAAUAUCAGAUAUACCGUGAAUGGUACAAAAUGACUACAAAAAUCUUUUCUUGCCUUCACGAACACCUUAGAUAAUGUAACAGUCUAUGUAUUGACUUCUUUUGAGAAACAUAGCUAUUUCGACUUAAUUCCUUCUAACAGUUUCAGAAAACAACUAUGCAGAUAUGAAUUUAUUUUUUAAUUUAAUCUUUCUAGUUUUUUAGUAAAGUAGUUUGAAAUGUAUACAACACACUGCUAUGAGAAUGUUAACAAAACUGUACAAUUUAUGUAAAUAUUAAUUAGGAUAUUGUCUGUACAGGGAAACCCAUCAUGGGAAUUCCAUUAAAUUGAAAAUUCAGCGAAAUUUUCAAGGUAUUCUCAUUGUUGAAUCCUUCUUAAAUAAAAUGACUGGAAAUUGCUGAAUACAGUAAUUUGAAAAUUUACUGGAGACAUCAAUGGGAAUAUUUUGAAUUUUCGUAAAUAAGACCUAAUGUUUGUCUUAGAAUAAAUGUAAUUGUCAAAAAGGAAGAUGUUAAUCAACAUUUCAUUCAUCAAGAUUCAAAUUAUGUUUGCUUCUUUUGUACUGCUCAGCCAUUUAAGGGGAUUUAAACGCUCAAAUCAUCGAUCUGCAAAAAUCAUCCAACAAUAGUGUUUUUAAACUGACUCUGAGAAAAGUUCUCUACAGCUUUUGUAGACGAAAAGUGUUGUUAAACAGUCAAUGAGUUGCCGGUAAUAAUCAUUAUCCAGCGAAUUGUUAAUGCAACCACAGAAAUGCGUUAUUGUCCUGGUUUCCAUCGCUUCCUACUUUCUUCUUUGUAAAUAAGUUAGCUGCCUUUACAAAGGAAUGAAAUCCAACAAAGAAGAAUUUACGCAAUUGCGUUAAAGUUCUGUUAGCUCGCUUUUUGUCUGCACGAGAUUAGCACUAUGUGAAUUUCCCAGAGGCCGAGGAUAUCAGUGGGAUUGUCAAUCAUAACGAGAGAGCGGGAUUUAGAACAAUAUGUGCUCAAGUCGUUUGGUCCAACUGGGAAAUCCCCUGAUCACAAUACAAAUCACCCUCCCCACUGUGCCCCGCUGUCAAGGGAGCUUCGUCUUCUUGUCAUGAUGCUCGCCGCGGCCUUAGGAUUACUCUUUGGGAAACUGAAGUGUUUUCUUUCGUUAUCAGCAUCAAAAUUGACUAAAUCUUACGCACAGUAUUUUCCCAACAUAAAGAUAGCCUAUAGCACUACUCUGUUCUCCAUUCAAGUGCUGCAGUCGUCGCUAGGGGUUGUUUAUUCAUUACAAGAAACAAACAAAACCAGUCUGCAUUGUUGAUCUCGUUAUUACAAGAAUGAAACUGGUUCGAUUGACCGUUCAUGUCAACUUUUCCAUUGAGAGGCUCUAACAAUACAUUCAUUGCAGUUUGAGCUGACUCAAUCCCAUUUAGCUCGAGUUUCCUUAAAAUUAAACUUUUUUAUAUGAACCAUUUUAAAAGAAACCAAGCCUCAAAAUUGGCCAUAAGUUAAAAACAAAGUGAGAACAGGCUGGGUAAGAGGUGAUUUUGAACAGUGUUGAUGUCAAAAAUGAGGAUUUUUUGUCAUUCACCCUGGGUAAAAGAGUCUCCAUUAUUUAGUCUCAGAAAUAAAAUUAAAAACUAGUCACGGAAAAUUUUUUUGAGCAACAAUACUUUACCCCCAGAUUUAACAGGCUCUGGUACCCAGGGUAGCCAUCUAGGGUUUUAAAGGAUCUCUCAAGCGCACUGGCUAGCAAUUGCACUGCUUACAUCCUAAUAAUUAAUAGACAAAUUAAGAAAAAACCAGCGUCAAUUUUUCGAUAAAAUCACGAACAGUCUUGAGACAGGGCCUCCAAAGACGCUGCAACGGCUGCCGAGUGAGGGUUUCAUGCUCCCUUCUUGUAUAAUUGCAAAAAUAUAAUACACAGUUUUUAUUCAUCAGAACCCCUAUCUGGGGGCUUUAAGCAUUAGUAUUUAUGCUGAUAACGCCUUUUUUCAGUGCACCCCGCAUUUCGCAGCAAUUUUUUCCGUGGUGUUGGCCUAACCAAGUAAGCUGGUAUCUGUAGCCCUGAAGUUAGACAAUGGAAGAUUGAAUACUUGGUUUACAGGUUGCGAACAAAAAAACUGCACUUAUUGUAAGGAAACCAGUUUUUGAAGAUGCAUUUGUUUAUCCUGGGUUGCUUGUACAACCAUCAUUCUGGUAUUGCCAGAUUCCCUAAUGUGGCUCAGUGAUGACGUCACGAAGAUCCUCUUUUAAGAAUUCAUGGAUUUGAAGCGUGUUUACAUUGCAAAAUGGGCAUAGAGGCACUUGUUUUCCCUUUCAAAUCCCUUCAAUCUAGUAUUGUUCAAAAAAUUGAAAUGGCAGCAAUACUUUGUAAAAAUUUCGUGUCUUUCACUGGCCAGAGUUCAACCAAUCGGUGCCAGAAAUAUGAAUGAUUUUUCAACUAUAGAGGUAGUUUUGAUGUUCUUUCAGAUAAGAUACUCAAAUUUCAAAAGUUCUAAGAAUAUGUCAUUGUCAUUAUUCUCUAUAUAUGCUUUACUCAUGUUGCCACGAACAGAUCUGACUGACCUUCUAAACCCUAAUGAGAAACAUUAAAAGCAUGCAGCAUGUUAUCCCUCAAACAUUUUGGUAUCUUAAUUUAGGAAACCAGCCCAUCUGCUUUCCUGCCGCAUUUCCCAGCAUUUGAUGUGAACAACAUGACCAAGUGUUUCUUGCUUCCCAUUCAUCUUUUCUGUGGUUUCUCUUCGUUAAGAACGACGCAACUGUGUGC